ACUAAGCUGAUACAAGCCUGUUAAUGGUGUCAUUUGGAUAGCAAAGGUAAUAUUCAAAUACCCCACAUGUACUACCUUUUUGGCCAGAGAGUGCUGUCUGUACUCAGGUGUGGGCUUCCUUAGAACAAGUUUAAAAUGACUUGCAUGAGUAGAGUUAAUUAACUUGAUCUCUGAUGAUUUUGGAAAUUUAAAACCAUGCCAUUUGCUCGCAUACAGCCAUCCCUACAGUAUUAAUCUAACUUGAAGAGUUCGUUUAAGAUUUUGACAGCAGAUCUUUGGAUGGCUGUGCAGACCUACUGAUAUGAAGCUUUAUGUAAUCUAAGACACCAUAGGAAUGUGUGUAUCACAGAGUGAAUUAGUCUGUGUGACAUGUCUCACAUUCUAACUUGAAGAGGGAGGAGGAGGCCCAGUGUUGUUUUUCACAGACCUGAGUUGGUUGUUAAUGGUAAUCAGAUCUACUUGGGAAAGUGAAUGAAGUGGAUCUCCUCUGGGUGUUUGUGUAUGGGUAUAUGUGUGUGUGGGUAAAGGCAACAACAAUGUAGAGUUAAGGGCUCUCUUUUUCUGAUCACCCUCCUGUUGACCUGAUUUUCUCACCAUCUUUGCAUGUGCACAAACUGAACCCCAAAUACUUCCUCCUGCCUCCAUCCCCCUUUAUUUACUCACUCUCCAGAUAUCAGAAGACCAGUGUCAUGUUGUUUGAACUUUGAGCCAUUAAAAGCUGAAGAGGCUGUUAAUCUGAUUUGAAUAUAUUCCCAAAGUACCUGCAGUGGAGCAGGUCUGGACAGGUCGUGUAAAGAGUGUAAAUCUUCCGUUAAGAGUUGUUCAGUAUGUGCACAGCGAGGACGCGUUCACUCUGUGUUUGGCAUUUCAAACCAGUCUUCAUCCUUGUGUCACAGAGUGAAUCCAUGCGUAACCGGUGCGCAACGGCGGCACUGCCAGUGUUUACACAUCAAUGAUGCAUAAUGUUGUUAAGUGUAAGAACUGAGCAGGUCAGCAAACCCUGGAUGGAUCGGAGAUAAGGUUUCCCGACUCUAUGUCUGACUGCCUCAAAACAAAGAGACACCUUCUCAGCUUAUACUUAAAUUUCUUUUCCAGAGGUGUUUGGGUUGUGCGUUUUUCCCCCCUCUCCUUUUGAAGGCACCCAUAUCCAUUUAAUCCAAAGAUUAAAUGGAUUUUUUCUGCUUUUCUCUUAGGAAGGGACUUUGAGGAGAAAAGAGGUGAAGUUAAAACUUUGCGGAAUAUACAGGUUUUAUAGUAGGCUUUGUUGGUUUCCCAAGACAGACGGAGUCGCAGCUUUUGUUUAUCCGUUAUGUGACUACCCGUGCGUAAAACAUUUACGGAUACAGCACCUGACCAGGCACAUACCUCAGUCUCUGUAUUCAGUGUUGCAUUAUCAUUCGCAGUUAUUUACCUGCUACCAAAAUGUCAAACUCACGGCCGGAAUAGAAGGAUGUCUGACAAGAUAUUUUGCAUUAUUCUUCACAAUUCCUAAUAACAUUUAUUUCGUAAAUAACGUGGAGAGCACUGGUUGUAAAUGCUGCAUGCUCUUGAUAUAAUCUUAUAGAAACACUAAGUGUAGCUUUCAAAACUCUCUUACAAUAAAAGUGGUGUUCAGGUGUUGUUUUUUCUUGUUUAGUCUUUAUUACAGAGGAGGAGACGGAGACAAGCAGGACUGUUCGUGAAUGGUUUAUGAGCUGACUGUGCAGAGACUGCAGCUGAAUAUUAAGAACAUGUAAGAAAUGAUCUUUACGUUCUGUUAAUGAUUUCAUGUGUGUUGUUAGGUUUCCAUAUAAUAACUAAUAUAAACGUCCCGAGGCUGCGGUAUAAGUGCAUACCAGUGUCAGUGUGCUGCCUCGGCUUGUUUUUGUCUCCUGUGCAGCAGAGCUGCUGCUGCCUACGUCAGAGGUGGUACUGCGGCGCAGUGUCGGGCUGCAGCAUGGUGGGACGGAUGCGCAGAAGGAUGCGACACGGGUUGAAGAAAGUUUAAAGAUGCUGCCCAAACCGGCGGACUGUACACGUGCUGAAAUCGAGCUGCGACCAAGACAUCGACUACCCCUGUGCCUCUGAUACGAGAACUGUUUUGCUUUUGGCGGCGUAAACGCACACCGGCCUAUGCGUUAAAGUCAUCGGUCACUCCACCUGCAUGAUCUGAAAGCCAGCCUGCAGGAUGAACUUCAAGAACUUGAAGGAGUACCUGGCCUGGCUGUACUACCAGUACCUGCUCAUCACCGGCAUCUACGUCCUGGAGCCCUGGGAAAAGUCCAUUUUCAACUCCAUCCUUUUCUCCGCCAUCGCCAUGGUGAUCUACACCUCAUACGUCUUUGUGCCCAUCCACGUGCGCCUGGCACUGGAGUUCUUCUCUGGGAUCUUCGGUGGCCAGCCUGAGAGCACCAUGGCGCUCAUGAACUAAAAGGAGGAGAGAAUGUGGAGGGAAAGAGGCAGCAAGUGGUUGGAUUAGCAUGAGUCCCCAAAUCAUUUCCCAUAACUCCUCAGCUCCCAAAGCACCUUGAGCCUGUCUUUACAUCAUGUUCAUCCCAAACCACAGCAGUCAGUCACCUCAGCUAAUCAAAACUGAAAACGUGAAGGUCUCAAUGGAAUGGAAAAUGGAAAGCAGAGCCUUACUAUCUUCUUUACAUCCCACACCCUCUGGCCUUACCCCAUGGUAUUAGACACUCGACUGUACAUCACUUUCACACCCUCGCUGUGAAACGUCUUGUGAAAUGUUGUUUGUCCUGUUUGUUUUUUAUUUUUCUCACCAUGUGUCCUGUGUGAGUGCAUACCACCUCUCGGUUUUGCAUGAUAGGGUCAUACAUGCGUCGUACAUUUGCAUGCUCGUCUCACUACAAAACACCACAAGACUCUAUUCUUUCCAUCAUGACUUUUAAGCUCCAGUUUUUAAAGUGGCAUUCCAGCAAUUUAGUUUGUCAUAUUCUAAAUUUAAGGAUUUAAGAUUUUUAAAAAGAGAGUGGUCAUAAUCGAAGCAGUGUAGGCUGAAUUAUCCUUUUAGUCUUAAGUAAAGAAACUAAACAAUUGGAUCCUUCUCUAUAUUUCUCAUAAGACCACUCAUCUUUUAGCUGAUCCUUAUUGACUGAUUAAUACCUAGAUUCAUUAAAGUCAACAACCCAGUUUGGUAAUGUAGCGUUUCUGCUAGAAAUGUGCAGUCUCUGUGCCCAAGCUGCGAUAACCCUGGUGCGGUUAUCUGGAUUAUUUUUCAGACUUUGGCUGUGUCUGAAAUCACUGUUUACUAUAUAAUGCAUUGAGCAUGUUAAAUAUAUGCACUAUAUUGUGCCCUCAAAAGUUCCAACAAUGAAAUGAACAAAGUAGUGUCCAUAGCAUGUGUCAAUCCCACAAUACAAUACUUCUACACCUGUCAGUGAUGAUGCAAGAUGACAAUGAAACGUGAGUGUCUGAAUUCUCUAUUAUUUACUGCUCAAUACAGAGUAGACUAUUGAGUGUCUAUUAUACAGGGAACAGUGAAUGAGGGCGUGACUGUAGACAUAGCCAUAGGGAAGGUUCCCUCAAAGUCCCAAAAGACAUUCUACAGUUGGAGUGCCCCUUUAAGCAUGUGUGUGUCUGUUUAUUUGCAUUGCAUUUGUGAAGCCAUAUUAUCACAAUUGUGAAUUGCUCUCUGAUAAAAGGGGAGUCAGUACAUCACCCCAACAUUUCUGACAUGCACUUAAUGUUACUGGUUGAUCUAUUGGUUUUGUAUCAGAACCACUAUCACCUUUUUUAGUUGCCUUUAUGCACUGUAAUGCUGACUGGCAGUACAUUGCACAUUUAAUGAUCCUCAAAGAGAUGGCUAUGCAGUGAAUCAAAGUGUCACAAUCAGGGAUCUGCAGUUAUAAAGUUACUGGUCAAAGUGAGUAAUAUCAAAAUGAUAGCAUGGAUUUGUGCCGAGCCCUCUCUUUAUCUGCUGUUUUUAAACUGUUGGUAUGUCAGGAAGGUUUGCUUAGCACUGAGCAUAAGCAAAUAUUGAAACAACACACCUUUGUGUUUUAGGCUUGGCUUUGUUAAUGACGUUACUUUACUCAAUCAACAGCCUCUGAACUCAAAGCAGAACUGUUUGCUGUCAAAUGCAAAAUGCAGUUAAAUUGGCCUGAAUGGAAAGAAAAGUUUGACUGGUCGACCAAAAACAGUCUUCCUUAUCUAUAGUUGAUCUAUAGAGAAUGAACUGGAUAGAGAGUGAGUCGUAGUGUGUCUGGUAGUUGUGAUGAGCAUCGCAUUUAGUUGUGCGCUUAAGAUCAAUUUUGAUUAUCUGUGCUUUGGGUCAAGGGCUCGCUGAUUACAGUCUAAACAUGAUCUCUAAGUUAACUUUAUUUAUAUGGAGUUCUAUAUUUAUAUACACUGGUAAAUGCUUGGCUGGUUACAAUGUCAAUUACCAAACUUUGUUUUGAUUAUUUAUAUCUGUGUUCUCCUGUUGCCAUAAAUUACACAGAAUUUGUUCUUUACUUUGUUUCUCCUCCUAAAAGUGCUUUUAUAUUGUUCCCAGUUUAUGUCAUUUCAUUUCAGCUUUGUUCAACAUUUUCACCAGUCCCUGACAUUUCCUCCACCCAGAAUGAAAAGCUCUCUGAGAAUCUUUUUUCACCGUUCACCAAGUGAAUGCUUUAUUUAUACAUGAUAGCAACUCACCACUACAAUAUUCACAAAAUAAAGACAUCCGAAGACA